CAGCGGCCGUGGCAAGUUCAGACAGCAGAGAGACGUUCAGCGAAUAAGGCCGAGAAAAUACAAAAGGCCAAACAAUAAAAAAAAAAAUUAUCAAAAAAUGAUGAAUAAUAAAAAAGGCAAAUAAAAAGCAACAAAGUGGAGCGCACCCCGUAAGCAAAUCAUCGCCGAGACACUCGAACACGUUGCCGCCGCUGCCUGUGCUGCUGUCUCUUUCGUGCUCGCCCUCUCUCUCUCUUUCUCGUCGCGUAACGUAAGCGUAUUACAAAACAAACGCCAACGUAACCAAAAGAAAUAAAUAAAAUAAAGGCGCUCGCUCGCGUGUUUCGCAGUGUAAAUAAAUAAAAUAAAUAAAUUAGUCACAAAAUAUUGAAAGGGGUUUCAAGUGCAAACAGAAAACACCCCCCCACCACCCAAGUUGCCGCGCACCCCCAACACACAAAUAAAAAAAAUAAAAAAUUAACCCGUGUGUGCGGCGGGGUUACGUAAAGCCGACGGACAAGCGCCGUUCCAAGUUCUUACAAAACAAAAAAAAAAUAAAAAUUAGGAGAAAAACACAUAACACCAGCAAAUAUAUUUCCCAAUUCCUUUUUUUCGCACGCGUGUGGCUAUAAAUUUUUGGCAAACAACAAAAAAUAUACAAAAAAAAAGUUUAAAUAAAUUGCAAGAAGAAGAGGGAGAAUUUCGUGAUUGUGUGUCUGUGUGUGUGUGAGUGAUUCUCGAGCAACAGCCCACCACCGCACCCCCCGCAAAAAAACCGCCCCUUUUUUGGUGAAAAACAAGGAGGCGCGGUUCAACAGCGACAGAUGCCUUGCUGCUGCUGUUGUCAAAACUUCUUCUUCAGUUCAACUAAAACAGCCAAAAGCAGAGCACGCAAAAGAUUAAUUCAUGGCGUAUGAAGUGGAGAAAUAAAUUAAAUUAAAUUUAUAGAAUAUAUAUGUAUGCAUGUAUAUAUAUGCAUGUGUGGAAGUGCCAGUGAACGAAAAAAGUGAAGUGCUUAGUGAGAUGUGAGAUAUAGAUAUUGUAUCUGAAAGAUAGAUUUUACCCCGUGGCAACGACGCAAUCUGUUGCAUACGUGACUGCAGGCAGCUACGAAAAUAAUAAUAAUAAUAAAUAAUAAAAAUAAUAAAAAACCAAAUCAAGGGGAAUUCCAUCGGAUAGCGAUACAGUGAUGCCUCUGUCGCAGGGCUAUUGCCUGAAGCCCUCGCUGCGGGCGAUGAAGGUGCUCCGCCAGGAGCAGCAGCAACAGCAACAGAUGCAGCAGGACCAGAAUCGGGGUCACCACCAGCCACCCAACAGCCGCCCACUACAGUGUUACCUGUCACAUGGCGAAAACCAGAGCUCGCUGCACUACCUGCUGGCCGAAUCCUUCGUCAAGGUGGGCAGUCUGGCCCAGGCCUUCGAUGUCUAUGAGCUGAUAGCCAGCCGGCAGUUCGAUGGCCAUGUGCCCCUGGACAAGCUGAACUCUCUGGCCAGUGCAUUGACCUCGCAGAUCCGGCAAAUGGGUGGGAUUACAACCAGCACCAACACCACCAGCACCACACCCACCGCUAAGAGCCCCAGAAUGUCGGAAAGACAGGACAUGAUGCCCUGGUCGAGGUAUCACCACCAACAGGCCAAACACAAUCACGCUGAACAGGUGGAAUUCCUAGGGGGAAUGGGUGGUGGUGGUGCAUCCCUGAGUGAGUCACCCAGUGAAUCCCCUUUGGACCUCCACUCGCCCACGCGAGAACUAAGAGUGCCCAGUCCCAUGGAGGACUACGAUCCGCUGCUGUGCCCCCUCUGCUGCGACAUCCUGCGCUGCCCGGUGACCACCAAUUGCGGGCACACCUUUUGCCGCCAGUGCUGUGAGACAAUCACGCAGUGCAACAUCUGCCAGGUGCGAUUUCCCCGCGUCCAGGACUCGGCGACAGGACCACCAGGAGCACCGGUCUGCGCCCUGACCACCACCACGGCGAGUGGUGUGGGAUCUAGCUUUUUCACCGCCACCACACCCUCUGCCAAUGCGAACCUUAGCCUGAUGAGCUUUCCAGGGGGUUAUGGCGUUCAGCUGGCGUCCAGUGUCCACCGCCUGGCAGCACCACCCAUGACAGUGACCACCACCACAGUGGCCUCCACCACGGCCACGGCCACCACCACCAUGGCGUCCACUUCGGCGGCAGCCAGCCUGGAGUUGAAUGGCUAUCUGCCCGCCCACCGCGGAGGCAGUGGCUCCGCCGCCAUGAAGUUCAUGCCCGACGUCCUCGUCCGCCGACUGGUGGAGAAGUGGUGGGGACCCGAUCUGCAGGCCAAGAAGAUCAGUGAGAAGGCCAGCAGCUGCAUGCACCUCAAUCUGCUCGAUGACGCCCUCAAGUUCUGCAAUGCCAGCCUGGAGAAAGCGCCCGCAAAUUUCAAGAGUCUCUGCCUGCGAGCCGAAGUUCUCCUAAAAUUGAGCCAUUUUCAAAGUUCUCUAGCAGACAUCGAGAACGCCUUGAGAACGCGCUGCACUUCACCCAAAGCCCACUAUCUGAGGGCUUUGGCUUUGAGCGGUCUUGGCCGAUUGGAGGAGGCUUUGUACAAUGGCUUUUUGGCCAUUUGCCUCGAUAAGAAAACAAAUCUCAGCAACUCGGAAAUAUUUCAACAUGAUCUCGCCAAGAUUCUCCAACGUCUCCUGGCCCAAAUGCCGAAGAAUCGUUCCUCGAUCAGUGGCGCCACGCCCCCUGUUUUCCAGCAGCAGCACCGCAGUUUUGCCACCUCCCGAGCCCCUUAUCCCCUCCUUUGGGAGCAGGUGCGCCGGCGCAGGAAACAGCAGCACCACCACCCCCACCACCAUCAUCACCACCACCACCAUGUCCACCUGGACGACGUGGAGGAUGAGUUCGGUCACUAUGAUAACUACAUAAUGGCCGGCGAUGACAUGGAGGAGGAGGUGGAGGUCGAGGUAGACGGCGGGGAGCCGGGUUCCCUGCAUCUGGACGGAGACUUCCUGUUCCCCAGCGCCCUGGACUUCAUGGACCACCAUCGCCACCAGCGGCACGUCUUCGAGCAGAAACAGUUCGACCUGCAGCCGCGUCGCCAUGCCAACCGGAAGCACUGCAAGCGGAAAUGGUCGGCGGUGGUGGAUCCGCUGGGCGGCAAGGUCGUCGAGGAGGAGGAUGUGGACCAGGCGGAGGCCGCUGGCGACAGUCAGCGGUGCAGUCGGCUGUUCGCCGGCGUUCUGGAGCGGACGCAGCAGGAGCUGCAGCGACUGAGAAAGCUGGACGGAUCGGCUCCAUCGCUGGCGGUGAGCUCGGUGGCCGGGCAGCUGAUCGACGCCAGCGACUUCGACUGCGUGGUGUGCAGCCGGACCCUCUGGAAGCCGGUGGUGACCCCCUGCGGACACACGUACUGCCUGGUAUGCUUGGAUCGUUGCAUGGAUUACAACUCCCCGUGUCCAUUGUGCAUGUCGCCACUUGUGGAGUUCAAUGUCAAUGCCAGUUCGAGUGCCAGUUCGAGUGCCAGUCAGAAUCCGAACCAGAAUCCGAAUCCAAAUCAGAACCACCUGCAUCCGGGCUCAUCCUCGCCAGUUCCUUUCGCGCUGGCCAAGCGGCCAGUGACGAAGUUCCUAGAAGCCGCAAUGAAACGAUUCAUUCCAGACCACUACGAGGCGCGUUUCCGUCAGGAGAUCGACCAAGAGCCCUCGGUGCCGGUGUUCAUUUGCACGGCGGCCUUCCCAGCGGUCCCGUGUCCGCUCUUUGUGUGCGAACCUCGUUACCGCCUGAUGGUCCGACGGGCUGUGGAAUCCGGAGACAAGACCUUUGGAAUUGUGCAGCCAAAUGGCGGGAAAUCCCGCUACUAUGAUGUGGGCACCAUACUGGACAUCCGGGACUGCGUCCAACUGGGCGAUGGCUGCUCCAUCCUGAGUACGAUUGGCUGCAAACGCUUCAAGAUCCUGGCGCGCAACGAGAAGGAUGGCUAUGAGACGGCCAAGGUGGAGUACAUUUGCGACGAGCCCAUUGCCGACGAGCAGGUGAAGAUCCUGGCUGGCAUGCAGGGUGUGGUUUUGGCCAAGGCCAGCGGCUGGUUCGAGAGCCUGAGCACGGAGCAGAAGCACGAGAUCCUGCAGAGCUAUGGCCAGAUGCCGCCACUGGAACCCAACUGGGAGCUGAUCAGCGAUGGACCGGCGUGGGCAUGGUGGGUCAUAGCCCUGCUGCCCCUCUCCCAGCAGCUGAAGGUGGACAUCCUGGCCACCACCUCGCUGGAGAAGCGGCUGCGCGCCAUCGACAAGACGCUGGACUGGCUGCACGACCUGAGCCACCCACAGCAGCCCACGCACCACCCGCUGAACCACCACCCACAGGCACCACAGUCGCCGCAGCAGGCCCAUCAUCUAGAUCUCGACUGCGAGGAGCAGGAGGCCGCCUCUUCCGGUGCGGAUGAGUGCUGCCUCUUUGCGGAAACCGGAAACGAGCCGCACACGGAUGAGGAGCUGCUCCUCUAAAGACGUUCCUCCUAUGAGUAAACCGAAACAAAAAGAGAGAAAUUAAAAGUCAGAUACACAUCCGCGUGAAGAUAAAACACACACACACUUUUCUAUGUAAAUUCUGUGUCUAAGCCAUUUCGUUUCGUAAUCGAACGUUACAUGUUAAUCCUAGGGGCCAAAACCGAAAGCGAAGCAACUUUAGCAGAACCAAAAUUAUCACUAGAUCAGCAACAUAAUCUUUAGCUCUAGCCUAAAACUUUGUGUGUGUAAUGUAUAGUAAAUGUAUAUUGUGUGUGUAAAAAAAC